AUGAAAAUCACUCUCUUCCGUGGCUGGCAAGAUACAGGAUACUAUGUAAGGUCUCCAUUUGUUACCAAAAUUGAAUUUCACUUCCGCCAAGCCAACGUGAAGUACAUCCUAGACGGCGGCUCCCCCCGAUCAGCACCAAAAGGGAAGAUACCAUAUAUCUCAGUACACGAUGAGGGGUCGUCUCCUUUUCUGCUUGCCCAUUCCGCACUCGUUACAGCAGCCUUAGUGGAAUCAGAUAUUCUACCCGAUCUCAACUCAUCAUUGGAGCCAGCAGCAAAAACUCAAGAUAUGGCGAUUCGUGCUCUUCUUGAGGACAAGCUAUAA